AUGGAUGAAGAAAACAGAAAUAAAACAGCAGUAUUGGCUGCCCAUCACCCCUAUAUUAUCCGGCAAAGGCAUGUGUUAUUGUUUGGACUAUACUCACGACUUGGCCGUUUGCUAAGGCCACUUCUUAUUCGAGGAGGGAGCCAUCCAUCUUGCUCUGAUUUGGUCAAUCUUGGAAUAAGCUGCGCCGAGAAGUUAUUGAAUAUUCGUCAUACAGUCGAACCGGAAGAUCUUUGCCCUUCCUUCCAUUCACACAGUAUUGACCAACACUCGUUUGGUGCCCUGCUUCUCUUGACCAUUGAUAUUAUGAGGGAUAAAGAUGAGCUUCGUGCACGGGACAGAAGGAAGAACUUGAUUCGCGAAUGCGAAAUGCUGAGAGGAAAGCAGAGAUCCUUGGGGGAGCCUACGAAAAACAUGAUCCGAGCGCUCGAUCAAUUAAUAGGUAUCAUUCAGAAGCCACGUCUAUCCUUACCGCGAGAAUUUGUGGACGUGAAUGGUAACCAUCCUGGUCCAACGUCGACUUCAACGCCAUAUGAUAGUGCCGGCCUUCCAACACAACCAUUCUCAUCUGAAGAAACCGAAAUUCCAGGAAGUCAAACAGUGCCCACUGGGAAAGCAGAUGACCCAGAGGAGCAUGCCCACAUGUCUUUUACCUCAGCGGAUAACUUUCCGUGUGCUCAUGAGCAUCCAGCCAACAAUCCUGCGGGCCAGGAUAUCACCGAGCUCUGGACAGAGCUGCUGAACAGUUUCCCUUAUUCGCCAGGGUUUACAUGGGAAGAGACAUUUGACUGGACGUGGUCUUGA